UCUUCGAGGGAUUCCGUUAAUCGUAUGGAAUCGAGGCCAAAGUUGAAACGGCAUUCUCGCGAUCGCAAGAACACGCCGAGCUGAGCAUUAUAAUAACAACAUCCGGUGUAGCUUUUCUUUAUUCGGAACAAAAAUAAACAACAUAACAUAACAUAACAUUAAAAUGUUUAACCCCGAGAGAGCAGUACCGAUGAAAGGAGAAAGAGAGACCAGUCCUGGAUUAAGGAGAAUGUGGUACUACAAGUAGAAUGUGGACGUUGGGUAACAUUGCCUCACGAAGGCUGACUAUGACGUCUGAUCCAAUACGACCAAAUGUAUUCUUUUCCUUCGCAAAAUACCUGCUGCGUGAAAUCUUGUUCAGGAACAUUCCUUCCACCUGUUGCCACCGCGAUCGAAUCUCUCGCGCAAUUAUCCAAGUUCCACUGUACAUCGUUAGAGUGUAUCAAGUCGCCAAAUAAGAGAAAGGUUAAUAAUAAAUAAGGAUUACAAGCUAGGAUUACUAUUCGAGAGUACCAAACGAUUCGAACCUAAUUGUCGAUUAUCUGUCAUUUUUACAAGACGCAGAAAAGACAAACGAUUCGUUAACGAAUGUUCGUUGCGAGGAGAUGAACGGAACGGGCAACGGUAGCGAGCGAAUGGAGUUAAUUACGCGUAAUUGGCAGUGUUAAGAGACUCGUUUGGGUUUUGAUUUGGCGCAGGAGCGGAGCAGACAGCAGCCAGAAACCAAGGAGAAGGGAAACCCGAGGUGGGAGACGUUUACAGUUACGCGAGGUUGCGCGAGGAGAAGAAUCUUUCUCCGACGACAGAGUAACCUUCCUUCUGCACCCUACUUCGGGAGAGAAGUAACGGAAAUCCGCGGCGCCGCGCACUUUUCCGCGCCCGGCCGAUAAUCUCGAGCGGAUGGAGACAAUUUUUUAAAUGCAACGGACACCGCGCCGUCGUCAAACGAAUCCUUUUGCUCGAGGGAACAGAACCAGCUCGAAGCGUUGCUAUCUCGGAGCUAAUUGGAUCGGUUGCUCCAAAUUGGACGCAAUCCAGGAAGCAAUCUAUUCUACAAUUCACUUAUUCGUACGAAAGCUUUUCGAAUAUAAAAAUAAAAUUAACACUUUAAGGGAACUGUUAAAUUAUUCGAGUGGUUCCAGUCCUAGGUCCACGCUCGCGAUCAGAGACUUUCGAUCCGGUUUGCUCGUUUCCAGUUUAAAAGCUCGACACGGAUGCUCGUGGAAUCGAGUCUAACGUAUGCAACGAACCUCGUCUGGUGUACGUACGCUAAAUUUACAAUCUAUAUCUAAAUAGUAAGCGUAAGCUACAUAAGCAUACAUAUAUAGGGUAAGUCAAUCAGAAUUUCCGUCUGAAACAUUUCGUUUUCCCUCGAUCGAAUUGAAGAAUCGUUUCAUAGAUGAAUGGACGUUUUUUUAAUCUUCUGUCUCACAAAGCUAUCAAGGUCGCCUUCGUUGUUUUAAACGCGAUUACACAUUCUUAUCGCUGCGAUGUCGAAAUCAAUGUCAAUUUCAAUGGUAUGAUGUAUCGCAACCUCAACCUUCAAAUAACCUCGACUAUUUACCGUGCACACGGUCGUUUGAAGGUCGUGUUGUCGUGCACCUCGACCUUGACUUCGAUUACAACGCCUCGGUAGAAAAAACAUCUGUUUCGCUUAAACAAACUGGCCUCGGUGUCUUUGAAGUAUAGAAUCUAAAAAAUUAUGAAUGCGUUCAGGAACAGUCGGAUGUUCCUCUAUCAAAAAUCGUGAAAAAUCGAAUUCUGUCCUAGGAGUUUCCCAGUUGACGAUAAUAAAAGAUAUAAGCUCCGAAGAGGCCUGAACCGAGUCGAAACGUUUACGGAUCUCCCACUUGCGAAAUCAUACUUCCAAGCCGUUCAUCUGGCUAAUAGCUGUUAUCCCGUUGAUAAUGAUGAUCAUGCCGAAUAAUAAUAAAGAAGAGGAGCGGGUACACGGUGAACGGUGCGGCAAGACGUGGCACGGAACGGCACGAUUCAAGGAUCGGUGGUAACUAGGUAGCUGACGAGGCUCUCGUACCCCUACCUCGACGUGCAACCCGCGACCAGUUGGCCAGGCUCUCGCUUAGAACAGGUGGGCCCAGAGUCGAGAGAGACUCGGUCUGCCGCUUACCGAGCACGGAUCGAGUUCGUUGUCCGACCGGUCUCCCGCGUUCUCGCUUUCGGCCACGAUAAAUUCCAAUUCGGACACCGAAAUACUCGUUUGUACGCGUAUAAAAGCCUGCCUUGGUAACCCGGUCCGUUAGAACGAUCGCCAGUCGGCCGGUUUCCUUCUCUUUCGUCGUAAUCGCCGGAACACAGAGUGCGUGCCAACACCUACCGGAGGAGAGAUCGUCAAACACGAGGAGAAGAUUCCCCAGGCUCAUGGAAAGUCGGAAUAUUCGACUCGACGCGUAUUUCGACGAUUCCUGGAAGUAGACGAGUCGUGUCCCGUCCGAAUGAUCGGGACCGCGUCGAGAUCUCUUUCCGCGGUACAAACGACCAGCGUCCCGGUUUUGCAUGGGUGUGCACGAAACGAGCGAAGCGUAUCGCACCGAUGUCACCGGGAGGAUGGCCAGGGAUCGUUCUGGUUCGGAAUAUUCGGAGAACAUGAGUGACGCCACGACCUGCAGUUGUACGGCAAGUUCCAUCGACAAGUGCUCGUUGCGCGGCUGCGGCAUGUUUCAAGAGCCGUUUUUCCUGCAUCCGCCAGGUUCGAGGCCCCGCGAUGGAAUCUACAUAAAUCCCAUGAGCGCGUACAUCGGCGAGUCGGCGAAGCCAAAGGACACGGAGUCCUUCUACCUUCACAGCCCGCAUGAUCUCGUCUACACGAGGAUAACGCGGCUCUUCUCGGACACUGGCAAGCAUCGACACUUCGAGAGGAAAGACGAUACGUUGACUGUGAAAGUGGACGUGCACAUCAACAAUGGCGUACUUGACCGACCUACCGCUGGGAACGGUUACGCGAGCAAACCCGAGGCGGCUCGCGAGCCGUUCGAGCACGCGUACGAGCAAAUCUGCUUGCGACAGGACACGGAACCUGGCACUGCUGCCCAGAAAAGGCUCCCGGACAACGCGUCCGACGGCAGUCGUUCCCAGAAAACCGAUCGACGAUACAGCAGAUCCAGCAGCGCGAGCGAGACGUCCAAUCUGAGCAGCGAGGUUCCCUGUUUCUCGUCCAGCGCGUCAACCCCCUCGCUCUCGCGGAACAGCAGCAACGAGAGGAUCGGCAAGAACGCGAAAAUCGGGGCCGAAUUUUCGCAUGAGAAAAAAGACUCGACCAGCUCGCAAGUAGAAAGCGACAAGGAGAUUAAACCGGCUAGCACCGGAGCCAGUUUCGCGAAGCCACCACCGCCACCGCCACCGCCCCCACCUCCGGACAGGGAGGAGGUCGUGGUGCUCCUGGUGAACGCCAAGCAGAACGCGGAGGCGAUCGCGCGGGACGAGAAGAAGGACGGUCCCGGAGACGCGAAUAGGGAUGGAAGGAGCGAGAACGGACCUGCUUCAUCUUCAGCGACCAACAAGUCCGACGUAUCCUGCGGCGAGCAUCAACAGCCGGAAGUACCACCUGCCAGUUCACCGGCGGACACCGAGGAAAUUAAGGCGAGUCAAACGUCUCACCUGGUCAACAGGCACAUGGUGCUGCCGUUCAUACCGCCAAAGUUCGCCAAUGCGGACUCCAACACCCUGCUCAAGCCGUCCGAGUACUUGAAGAGCAUCUGCAAGGGAUCGACGAAGAACAGUCUCUCGAAGGCAAGAUCGGUGGACAACUUGGACAUACAGAGCAGGGGCGGCUAUCGACGGGAGAGCAACGUUGGCGAAGAGGAGGAGGACGAGGAGGAGGAAAAGGAAGAGGAACGUCAGACAGGAGAAGGGGAGGAAGGAAAAGAGACAACCUUUGGACCUCCACCGCCGCCACUGUCUCCGUUGCAAAGGACUCGACGGAUCGGGGAGGACGUCGGUGCCGGUGCCAACGGCGGCGCCGGCGUCGGUGGGACCACCGACCCCGAACACUCGAUGUCCAGGACUCCGCAACCGUUGGCGACCAUUAGCAUUCAAGACCUGACGAGUAUUCAGCUGCGACGAACCACCGUUAAAAUGAACGCGACUAAAACCUUCUCUGCACCUCCACCUCGCAGCGUGUCUAUGACGAAUGUUUCAGAGCCGUUCUUCGUCCAGAAAACGGACUUGAUUGCGGAGCUGAAGAGAACCAAGGACAUACCCGGAAUAAAGAAGUUCAAGGUGGAAAUGGCGCAAGUGGAGAAGACGCAGGAGCAGAACCUCAUAUCGGAGAUCACCAAGGCUUUCAGCGCCUCGAAUUUCGUGGAUCAGAUUCCAGAGAAAGACAGUUCCGGGAACGUGAUCCCGAUAUGGAAGCGACAAAUGCUGGCUCGAAAAGCUGCCGAGCGAGCGAAGAAGGAGUUGGAGGAGCAAAUUGCCAGGGAGAACGAGGAGAGACGACAAAAGGCGAUUCCCGCGUGGAAGAGGCAGCUCCUCGCGAAAAAGGACCACGAGGAAAAAAGACUGAACCAAGUACUCGGCGCGCCGGUGGUCAAGGUGGAAGCCCCAGGAUCGCAGAAACGAGACGUUUCGCCGAGUUCUCAGCGAGCGAAUCAGCUCGAGGAGAAAGUGGAAGUCGAGGACAAGAAGAACGACAUGAUGAGCCUCGGCAAUCAGUCGAAUCACGCGAACGAACUCGACGAGGAAGACAACGCUCCCAUCAUCCCGUGGCGAGCACAGCUCAGGAAAACCAACAGCAAGCUCAACAUCCUGGACUGAUUAAACGUCUUGGACUCCCUUCGAGGGACAAACCUUGAAUCGCGGGGGACGCUUGCGACGCUUCGGGCGGUUUGAUCUUCUUGUUACUUUGUAUAACUUGGGAAAACGAACGAUGGCGACCUCGUAAAACUGCGAGGGUACCAACAUUAUAAAGAUAGAGCCACUGGAAGAAGUACAGCCGCCGAACGACGUGGAGGAGCCUUGUUACUCUGUCUAAAGAAAUUAUGUGUGAUGACUUUGAAGAAUUGUGGGAGCAGCCGACGAUGUGAUAGGAUAAACCGAUGUUUAUGAGAUGAAUCGAAUGAAAAGAGAUCGUAAUUUUCUCAUGUGAAUAGGAAGAAACUAAAUAGAUUUUUUCCUUGGGCGAUAGAGGCCUGUGGGUCACAGGGCCGCACGUACUAUUUUCUGCUGGCAAUAUCCGUCUGCCUUUCAGCCAACCCUGCAGUCAGGAGUCCUAUUACCGUCUCGGCACCCUGCAGUUUUUACGAGGUCCCACCAACUAUAUACAUUCAAAAGAACGUUACGAUGCGUCGCGUGGCACACCCUCCUCCAAAAGCUACAUUGUACGCAUCUUUCGUUAAAGAUGUUCGUCAACGAAAAUGAAACGCAUCAUGUACAUAGAGCCGAGUAAAAUUUGUAUCGUAAAUCUCUGA